AGUAUCAUGUUCGAAGUUAAUAGAAAUAACUCCGGGAAUAAACAGUAAUUUGCUAUUUGAAGUGAAAAAUGUUUGGUUCGAAGAUGACGCACGCGAUGGUGGCGUGAAAAAUUUCUUGAAAAGUGUCAUGAAAAAUAACCACAGAUGGCGCUGUUCAAUAAGUUUGAAUCCUGACUAGCGUUACUGAUAUCGAGAUUGAUUUGGUUACCUGUAGAAAUCUAAAUAUGGCACAUUUCCACCAUCUGUUCCGACCCCCAUGGCAUCGAUUCGCGAACGGAAGUGUGGGCUAUCUCGGCAGCAGAUGGUUUUCUACAGCCGGCCCAAAGACCACCAUCACUUCGUUUGCUACUGUAGAGGCUUCGCCAAUUGAAAAACCCUCUAACCAGACUGUUAAAGUAAGUAAAGCCAUGAAGGCGUAUCUGGAACGGGCACGAGCACACGACGAAUUCAUGAAAGUGCAGAACCUGGAGUAUAGUAUAGGUAAACGUCAUUUGGCUAACAUGAUGGGGGAAGAUCCGGAAACGUUUACACAGGAAGACAUAGAUCGUGCCAUUCAGUAUCUGUUUCCUUCCGGUUUGUAUGACAAGAAAGCCCGUCCAAUGAUGAAACCGCCAGAAGAAGUUAUCCCUCAAAGAAAAGCUGCCGAAUUCGACGAAUCCGGUCGUCCUUUUCACAGCAUGUUUUACACCGGCAGACCGAACUAUUCAAAAUUACUUUUCGAUAUUGUUGAAAAUAUCAACAACUUAAACUCCUUCGAAGAUCGCAUGAUUCGAAAGCAACUAUCUCCGGAUCCAAAUCAGAAACUAAACCCAUCCGGUUCUGAUUGGUUGUCAAAGGAUGCGAUCGAAAAGUUGCUGCUCGAAGACAUAUCGGAUAACGAAUACGAUAAUUUCGUCAAAGCCAUGGAGCGCUUGUUCGAGCAUCCUUACGCGUAUCGGGAGAAGGAUUUCCUCAACAAGUACCGUAAAUCCUUGUUAACCAAAUCUGACACCGAUCAGAUUCCAAAACCUCAAUUUGAUGAAAAGGGCCGCAAUUACAUAACCGUGUACGAAUGUUUGCGUAAAAGUGCUAGAGCAGAUGUAACCAUUAUUGCGCCGGGAACUGGAAAAAUAACUAUCAAUGGUCAGGACAUUACGUACUUCGAAGAUGUGCAACCGCGGGAACAAAUUUUGUUCCCUCUAAUCUAUACGGAUAUGGUGGGCAAGGUUGACGUGGUUGCAAACGUAGCGGGAGGCGGAUUUUCCGGACAGGCUGGAGCCAUACGCUGGGGUAUUGCCAUGGGAUUGCGCAGUUUUAUCGACCAGGAAACGACCGAACGGAUGCGGCUUGCCGGUCUUCUGCAGCGUGACUACCGUCGUCGGGAAAGAAAGAAGCCGGGACAAGCGGGAGCUCGCCGAAAAUACACAUGGAAGAAGCGAUAGAUGUCGUUUGGUUGGAUAAUUUAAUUGCAUCGAUUUUUAAAUAGCAAUAAAACAUUGAAUAGAUGAAAAAA